AGGCCUGGGUAACAGCCGGGCCGGCCCCUCUAUGUGCCCUCGCAUGACCUCUGGAGGACUCUCGUCCACUAUUGGCUGCUGCCCCUUUAAGCGCCGCAGCAGCUCCUCCCGCGGUGGCAUCAGGGGUGGGGGUGAGGUGUGGGGAGGGGAAGGGUGAGAGCUGUGUCCUAGUCAACUAGGGAAGAUGGUGGCCCGGGCCGGUGGAGUUGCUCCCAGGUCCAGCUGUCCCCUCCCCUGAGCCUGGGGCCCUGGGAGACCCCUCCCGCCCCCCGCGACGCGGGGAUGGGUCCCCAUGGGAACCGCUCUCUGGGCUCAUUGCCAGACGCCCCCACGCUGGCUCCCAGUCUGAGUGGGCUGCCAGGGGUGCCGUGGGCGGCAGCGUUCGCCGGGGCGCUGCUGGCGCUGGCCACCGUGGGAGGCAACCUGCUGGUGACCGUGGCCAUCGCCCUGACGCCGCGACUCCAGACCAUCACCAACGUGUUUGUGACUUCGCUGGCCACCGCCGACCUGGUGGUGGGACUCUUGGUGGUGCCGCCGGGGGCCACUCUGGCGCUGACUGGCCACUGGCCUCUGGGCGCGACUGGCUGCGAGCUGUGGACGUCCGUGGAUGUGCUCUGUGUGACGGCCAGCAUCGAAACCCUAUGCGCCCUGGCCGUGGACCGCUACCUGGCGGUGACCAACCCGCUGCGUUACCGCGCCCUGGUCACCAAGCGCCGCGCGCGGGCGGCUGUGAUCCUGGUGUGGUCGGUGUCGGCCGCGGUGUCCUUCGCACCCAUCAUGAGCCAGUGGUGGCGCGUGGGGGCAGACGCCGAGGCGCAGCUUUGUCACUCCAACCCGCGCUGCUGCUCCUUCGCCUCCAACGUGCCCUACGCGCUGCUGUCCUCUUCCGUCUCCUUCUACCUGCCGCUCUUGGUGAUGCUCUUCGUCUACGCGCGAGUUUUCGUCGCGGCCAGGCGCCAACUUCGCUUGCUGCGCCGGGAGGUGGGCCGCUUCCCGCCCCGGGAGUCUCCGCCGGCCCCGUCGCGCUCUCUGUUCCCCGCCCGCGCGGCUGGGACGCGUGCUGCGCCCGAAGGAGGUCCGCCCUGCGGUCCGCGGCCCGAGCGCCUCCUGCCUCUCCGAGAGCACCGGGCGCUGCGCACCCUGGGGGUCAUUAUGGGCACCUUCACUCUCUGCUGGUUGCCCUUCUUUUUGGCCAACGUGCUGCGCGCUCUAGGGGGUCCCUCGCUAGUUCCAGAUUCGGUCCUCCUCCCCCUUAACUGGCUGGGCUAUGCCAACUCCGCCUUCAACCCGCUCAUCUACUGCCGCAGCCCGGACUUUCGGAGCGCCUUCCGCCGACUUCUGUGCCGCUGCGCCGGCUGCCGACUCCAGGAGCCCGGAGCUGCCGCCUUCCCGGCCUGCGACCCCUUGGAUGCCCCUGAGGCCGGGGUCAGCCCCGCGGGGUCCACGGGUCCUAUGGCUAUGAAAGUGAAGAUCCACUCCAGAUAUGAAGGACAGCGGUGAGCGAGGAACUGGCUUCCAGGGAGCUCUUUAGGCCUGAAGGACAAUAAACUGCUCCUUGGACGUUUCCUUUGGAAGCCUCUGGCCUCUGUUCCCAGUGAGGCCCAGCGAGCUCCCCAGCUGUGGAACUCUGUUUUCCAGAACCUGCUGACUGGGCUGUGGGGUGGGGAGGGGACCCUAAAGCAAGAGGGUAGUCACUGUCCUGAGAAGUUCUAAGCCUUACCCCUGAAUGCACUCCUACCUCAGCAGUUCGGGCACAGGGGUGCCUGUGCCCAGCUGCCCUGGGAGCAGCCCCAUGGCCUUGCUCACACGUGUGCUGGGAGUAUGGGGCGAAGAGGGCCCCCCAAGCUCCACGCCUACCCUGAUGAACGCCUAAGUGUCUGCAGGCCCGGUGGCCCAGGCUGAGGGCAGGAGGCUAGAAAAGGCCGAGGUUCAGGUGUCUGCCCCUGGCUUCCUCACUGUAGCUCUGUGCACCAGGGCCUGUCACAUGAGGCACCAAACAGCUCUGAUCUACCUCACAGCAGGGUCAGAAGGACCUCAGAGUUUGGGGGGACUCCAGGCUUCACAGGAAGGUGAACUGCUGGAAUGGAUCCCUUUUUUCCAUUAAAAGCGAAUUAAUAAACAUUACCGAAUGCA